CACACUAGUCUCUCUCUCUCUCUCUCUCUCAUUGUUAUGGAGUUUCGUGGUGCCGCCAUGGAUGUCCUGUGCCAACUCAAGCUCGUGCUCAUCACAGCUCUCGCUCAUCUGGGUCUCCUCAAACCGCAUGAUCGAGAGGAGGAAGAGGAAGAAGAAGAAGAAGUAGAAGAAAUCCCCAAGACCAUACUCAUCACGGACGGCUCGUCGGCGUCGCCCGUCCUAGUCCCAGUCCACACCCUGACGGCCAUGGUCAAGAGCCAAGUCCCGGUCGUCGAGUACGCGAGGUUCCUGGAAAGACGCGGGCACGGAGCUGACGAAGGAGAGGGCAACAAUGGAGGAGGGUGCGCGGUGUGCCUGAGCGGCAUCGAGGAGAGGGACGAGGUCAGAGAGCUGAGCAACUGCUCCCACGCGUUCCACAGAGAGUGCUUGGAUCGCUGGGUGGACCACAAUCAAGUGACCUGUCCCCUCUGCCGGUCUCUGCUUUUCCCUUCCAAACGUUCUUGUUUUCUCAGCGGAAGGAGAAGAAGAUGAUGAAAUGGAAUUUGAGGCCUCUUCCUUUCUUUUUUCCUGUA